UAGACACACCUCCUCAGAUCUCCAGUCGUGUAGUGACCGCCGCAGAAAACACUUGCAAUGUCAGGAGAUAACCUCACCGCCGUCUUACACCAGACGAAAGAUCUCCGAUUAGAACAAACUCCGAUCCCUGAGAUAAACGAUGAUGAGGUACUUCUGCGCAUGGACUGCGUGGGUAUCUGCGGGUCCGACGUUCACUACUGGCAGAGCGGCGCCUGCGGUCACUUCGUGCUCAAGGAGCCCAUGAUCAUGGGCCAUGAGGCUUCUGGAGUCGUUGCCAAGGUAGGUGCCAAAGUGAAGAACCUGGUACCAGGCGACCGCGUGGCGAUCGAGCCGGGCGUGCCGUGCCGCUACUGCGAGUUCUGCAAGUCGGGUCGCUACCAUCUCUGCCCCGACAUCAUCUUUUGCGCCACGCCGCCCUGCCACGGCAACCUGGCGCGCUACUACAAGCACGCUGCUGACUUCUGCUACAAAUUACCUGACCACGUGUCAAUGGAAGAGGGCGCUUUACUAGAGCCCCUGUCCGUGGGUAUCCACGCGUGCCGCCGCGCCGGCGUUACUGGGGGCUCCACCGUGCUUGUUCUAGGCGCGGGACCUAUAGGCCUGGUCAUCAUGUUAGCUGCUAAGGCGUUCGGUGCCAGCAAAGUGCUCAUCACAGACAUCCUCCAAUCCCGUCUAGACUUCGCCAAAAAGAUGGGCGCGGACGCGACCAUGCUGGUCACCCGCGACGACAAUGAAGCCGACUUAGUGGCCCGCACCCAUCAGCUGCUGGGCGAGCACCCAGACUUCAGCAUUGAUGCGAGCGGCGCGCAGUCCACCGUGCGGCUUGCCAUGCUGGCGACCAAGUCAGGCGGUACCGCAGUGCUGGUUGGAAUGGGCAGCCCAGAGCUCACCGUGCCCCUGGCGGGCGCCAUGAGCCGCGAGGUUGACAUCAGAGGCAUCUUCCGCUAUGUUAACGAGUACCCCAUCGCGCUAGCAAUGGUGGCGAGCGGCAAGAUCAACGUGAAGCCGCUGGUGACGCACCACUUCUCCCUCGAGGAGACCGUGGAGGCCUACGAGACGGCGCGCCGGGGCGCCGGCAUCAAGGUCAUGAUCCACGUGCAGCCCCGGGACACCAACAACCCCCAGAAAUUCUAAACCUGUUUUAAAAAUAUGCCGAGCGAGGCAUCCAUAUAACUUGAUUCCUACUGGCCAAGAGUUAUUAAUUGUAAAAACAAAUAAAACAAGUAUGUACAAAAGUUGAUUGUAAAAGAGAAGUCUAAGGAAUAAUAUAACAAAUUAAUAACAAUAACAACUGAACUAGUCCAUCUAUUUUUUUAAUCUUUGCGUCAACUUAUAACCAAAGUAUACAAACGUUACUUGAUGCCGUUUAAUGUACGGGGCCCGGUAUCUACGUCAGCUGUCAAAUUCGGAGCACGAUUUUUUUUAGACUUGACACCUAAACUACUGAUAAUAACUCUUUGCCACUGGUCCGAUAUUUCAGUCCUCUAAAUAUUCUAUUUGAAUAACAAUGUUCUAUUCUAUAAAGGCGCAUUAAGUUUUUAAAAAUAUGAAUUUCGUGAAAAUUAUGAAUUUGGUAAAUUAAUUUGUCUAAGUUUUGACACAUUUACAGGGUUAUUUUUAAAAUCUUGCAUUGUUGUAAAUGCGUAAUUAUUUAUCAAAGUUUCGCAAAUAUGUAACAAAGCUACAUUUAAUUGUGCUAUUUCUACAGAUUAUAGAUAUGUUAGCCGCGUAGCGUAUGAGGCAUAUUGUGAAUUUCCUAGGUAUAUCAUGAAACGUGAAAAUCUUUGUCUCGUCCCUGAGUCGAUGGAGCCUCACUACGCGGGGCACCUAUCUCUGGUCAAUUUGCCCUUCGGGCAUCAGAAGUAACCAAUUAGUAGGUAGGAUUACCUAUCUAAUUGGCUUUAUGUGACCAUCGUUACACAGAGGUUAAUAUAUCUGUCGGCGGCCGAUCGUACGACCAGGCAGAUUGUAACGUUCCUAAGAAAUAAACAUCCUUUUAAGUGGUGCUCUAAACCAUUAAUAAAAUUGUAAAUGUUAGAAGUAAGAAUGUUGUGAAUUAUUGUACAUAGGUACUUGUAUUUUAUAGGCGCUGUUGGCGAAAUAAUACUGUAGAUUGAUAUCUUAAAACACUAUGAAAUAAAUUAUUUUAUUACA